AUGGACCCGGUCCCACCAAUAGCACCCAAGGCACUCAACAUCUGCCGCCAUCAUCUGAGCCAGCAUGCUCUCAAAGCAUCCGAUGCUUCGACACUGCCACAGACUUCCUUCGACCUUCCGCCCUUGCAAGGCAAGGACCUCGCAGAGCACUUUUGGAGCCUCGGGAGGCAAGUGGCUCAGCCAUGGCUGGGCAUGGCGGACAAGUUGGCCGAUCUGAAGCCGAUGGAGCCACCAGAGGAGCUUGAUCAUGCGGAAUCGAGCGGGGCUGCUGCUGCCGAAGACGAGGACUUUCGUUUCGAGGCCAGCGAAUGGCUCAAGCUCGAUCCCGCUCUCCGCACGCCGGGACACCUGAAGCCAAUCAACUGGUCGAUCGAGCCUGGAUGGACCAAGUAUUCCAUCCUCCGAUCAGAGGACGGCUCAGCUUCAGCGCUUGGCCCUGGCGUUGGUGUUCCUUAUCCGGACAAGGAGGACGACAUGCUUGUUUUCGACGUCGAAACCAUGGUGCAGGAAGGACCUUUCCCGGUGAUGGCAACCGCUGCCGGCCCAAAUGCCUGGUACAGCUGGCUUUCUCCUUGGCUGCUUCAGCGCGGCCAGGACCACGAGCGCAAGGACCAUCUCAUCCCCCUCGGACCCAGCGGCAAGCACGAUCGCGCACGCCUCGUUGUCGGUCACAAUGUCUCCUACGAUCGAGCCAGAACUCUCGAGGAGUACACAUUAGACCUCGGCUCAACAAGGUGGCUCGACACCAUGUCCCUCCACGUAGCAACACGCGGUAUCUCGUCUCCGCAACGUCCAGCUUGGAUCAAGCACAACAAGGCUAAGGCCGAGAAGCGCGCCAAGAAGCUCCUCGACCAGGCAGAGCUCAAGGAGGAGACCCGUCGAGCCAUCGAGAAUGCGCUUUCUGGUCUCGAGUACGAUUCCGACCAGCUCGAAGGUCUCAAGCUCGAAGGCCUUGCUGCCGAUGCGGUCCAAGCGGCUCCAAGCCCUACCGGUAAUGGCAUCGCCAAUGAAUCCGACGGCGUCACAUCGUCGUCACUGGAUAUGCCUUUCAGCGACGACGAAAGCGGUGGACUCGCCUCCCGAGCUUCGCAACCGAGCUCGACCGAGUCGCAAUGGCUCGAGGAGACUUCCAAGAACUCGCUCGCCGAUGUCGCUCGCCUUCAUCGCAUCCCAAUGAAGGUGUCGAAAUCAGCUCGAGAUGUCUUCGUCGACGGCACAUCGAGAGAAGAGAUCCUCGCCGAUGCUCAGCAUCUUCUCACCUACUGUGCCUCCGAUGUGGUUGUGACCCACGAGAUCUUCCGCCGCACCUGGCCUGACUUUGUUGCUCGCUGCCCGCAUCCAGCUACGAUGGCCGGUGUCUUCGGUCUCGGCUCUACCUUCCUGCCCGUCGAUGACGAAUGGAUCGACUACCAGCGACGAUGCGACGAGCAAUUCAACCGCAUCAACGACGAAGUCCAGAGGUGCCUCGUCGACCUUGCCGAAAAGCUGCGCGACGACGGCACCGAGAACGUGCCUUGGAGUCUCGCAGCCAAGAUUGCCGAAGAGCGACAGCUAAUCACAGAUCCGGAACACAGCGAGCCUGUCUUCCCAGACCCCCCACGACAACGAGCUUGGUGGGAGGACGAUCCGUGGUUCUCGCAACUCGACUGGACGCCAAAGAAGCCCAAGAAGGCCAAAGCGGCGGAUGGAGAAGGUGUGGCAUCACCUCCUUCCGACUUCGCGGUGCCUGCUUGGUACCGCGACGGCGUCAUCCGGAACAAGACCAAAGAUGGAUUCUCGCCGAAAAGCAUCAUAGCACAGCAGCUGCUGCGACUGCGCAUCGACGGCAAAGCUGUUCUGCGAUCUGAAGGCAGGAGCUGGAUGCUCGAGGACGGGACAGGUCUGGUCGGUAGCAAUCUCUUCGCCGCAACAGCUCUCAAGAAGUACGGCAGCAAGAUGUCAAGCGAUGCAGGUCCCAUCGGAUCCGCGAUUCUGUCCGCCAUCACCACCGGCGAGUCAACUUCAUCCUUUGACAUGAAUGCGCAGCUGCGCGCGCUGGCUGACGCAGUCAAGCAACUCACGGACGAACACGCGCAGGCCGAUGCACAGCUCGCGCAGCUGGACUGGUCUCUCAAAGAUCUUCGACUCGAAGAGGUGACUGCUCUGCGCGGCAACAGCGAGGAUGCGACCGCCGUCGGCGAGGCUACAGAUGCGAUGAUCGAGCCCGCCUGGUGGCCAAAGUGGUAUUGGGACCUGUACAAGAGCGCGACUGGAGAGCUACAGGUCACCAUCCGUUCCGCCAUUGCGCCCAUCUUGCUCAAAAUCUCAUGGAGAGGCUGCCCCCUCUAUCGCAGCCGACAGCAUGGAUGGGUGUUCCGCCACGACCCUUCCGAUCAACCUGAACUCGCCACUCGCCAGACGCCGCUCGCAUUUGGUAUGGCUGCGGACGGCCUGCUGCAGCAUCUGGCGGCACCCAUAGAAGGCAAAUUCGGCAAAUCGAAGAAGGGCAAAGGCAAGAGCAAGGGCCCUGCGAAGGGCGACAAGAACGCUUCUGCUCUCGAUGUGAAAGCCUUUGGCACGUCGACCUUCUACAAGGUGCCGCACAGUGAAGGCGAGGGCGCCAACGUCGGCAGCCCCUUUGCCAAGUCCUUCAUCGCCUACUUUGAGGAUGGCACGCUGGCGAGUCAGCAUCCAGACGAAGUCGGUCGUACGGCGGCCAAGACGGCUUUGGAUCUCAACGCACAGUGCAGCUACUGGAUCGCUGUCCGUGACCGUGUUCACAAACAGAUGGUGGUCUGGGAUGGUCAAGCCGGCACCGCGAUGAUCUACCCGAGCGGUGCAUCCGGAGCUCGUCAAGACAAGGAAGGCGAAGCGAAUCGCGCCAAAGGGCUGAUUCUGCCGCAGGUCGUUAGCAUGGGCACGGUGACACGCCGCGCCAUUGAGAACACCUGGCUCACCGCGAGCAACGCCAAGAAGAACCGCGUUGGCUCCGAACUCAAAGCGAUGGUCAAAGCGCCUCCGGGCUACAGUCUUGUCGGCGCCGAUGUCGACUCGGAGGAGCUCUGGAUUUGUAGUGUAAUGGGAGAUGCCCAAUUUGGCAUUCACGGUGCUACUGCGGUGGGUUGGAUGACACUCGAAGGCACCAAGGCGCUCGGCACCGACUUGCAUUCCAAGACAGCUUCGAUCCUCGGCACGAGCCGUAAUCAAGCCAAAGUCUUCAACUAUUCGCGCAUCUAUGGUGCCGGCAUCAAGCACGCCACGCAUCUGCUACUGAAAGCAAACCCAAGCGUCAGCAACGACGAAGCAACGCAAAAGGCCAAGGAGCUCUAUAUGGCCACCAAGGGUCAGAACACGCACUCGGACGAACUCUUCGGCGCCAAGUUCUGGUUCGGCGGCACGGAGAGCUACGUCUUCAACAAGCUCGAGAGCAUCGCGCUGUCGGACAAUCCCAAGACGCCCGCGCUCGAUUGCGGUGUGACGAACGCGCUGACGAAGAAGUUCCUGGGCAAAGUCGACUUCGGCAACGGCCGUCUGUCGGAAGAAUACAUGCCAAGUCGAAUCAAUUGGGUCGUGCAAAGCAGCGGUGUCGACUACCUGCAUCUGCUGAUCACCGCGAUGGAGUGGCUCACGAAGAGGUACGACAUCGAGGCUAGAUUCAUGCUGUCGGUGCACGAUGAGGUGCGGUACUUGGUCAAGGACGAAGACAAGUACAGAGCCGCACUGGCUCUACAGGUCGCCAACAUCUGGACUCGAGCCAUGUUUGCGUUCAAGCUGCAGAUGGAUGACUUGCCGCUCGGAUGUGCAUUCUUUGCGCAGGUGGACAUCGACAAGGUUCUGCGCAAGGAGGCGGAUGAUCCGUGUGUCACGCCCUCUCAUCCGGAGGCCAUACCGGUCGGCGUUGCGCUGGACAUCGAGCAGAUCCUGAAGCACACGAACAAUUCGCUGUACAAGGAUGGCGGCAAGAACACUCAGGACAGUCAUGGGAACGUCAAUGCGGGUGCUAGCGAGUUGCCUGAGUAUGUCCCUUCUCAGCAGGUCCACCGCUCUCUCGGCGAACGAGGUCUCUACUUCUUGCAAGCUCAAGCCUCGAAGGAGCUGGCGGAGAUUAGGGCUCUAGAAGCACGCGCAAAGAUGACAGAGCGACCUGCCGAUGCUCCCGCGCCUCCAGUGCGCAGCCCGCGCCCAACACCACGCACGUCGACGGCCGGCGAGGCUGGCCAAAAUCUUGCUUUCGCUUCCACAAAGUCGGGAAGCGCUGCGGCCCGAUCUAAUCCGUUCGACGAAGAUUCGUGGAUUCAGACGUGCGCAGAGGAAGCUGCAGCCUCGAAACCUGUACGCCGACGUCGCAGCUCUGCUGCCACAACGUCCGCGGCUGCCUCGAGGAGAGGGACACGUCCGUCAAUGCCAUCGACGCAUGCGGUGCCGUCCAAGGUAGGAUUCUGCACCAGCUCAAUCUCCACGCAACCAGCAUCAAGGCAGUCAACGAGUGAAGUCGCUGCCGAGCACUCUGAGGCGACAUUUGACGCGCUCUCUUUGGCUGCCUUCUUUCCACGACGUCCGGUCAAGAGCCGAGUGCCGUUCUUCCGCGAAGCAUCGCAUCGUCAGCUGGUGCUGUGGCAGCUCUACCGCCCGCUCCUGCAGCAAUGUCCCGGCUCAUGCCCCGAGCUGAAGCAGGAGAUCAAACGCAUUGUGCGCAAUAUGAGGCCUUUGACGUCACCAGUAAAGGUGUCCGGGCUCGUUGCGGACGCACGCGAGCUCUUGCACACGAUGCAGCUCGCUCAAGGCGGGGACAAAACAGCUCUCUCCAUGCUUCGUACGCGAGAAGAAGCUCUGGCGCAGCGAAACCACCGACGAUCGUGGAACGAGUUCUGGGCGCAGAAGGUGCACGAGCACAAGUACCCUGUGCGCAUCCCGCAUCACUCUGGAGCGCUGUUGCCGCCGACGCUGUUCAACCGACCUCUGCCGCGCUACAAGCCGGUGCAGCCCACGGUGGUGAGCAUGAUGAUCUACCGCCGACGGGUGGCAAGGCUGCGGAGGUCAGAGCGACAGAUGGAGGUCAACGAGAUGCUCACUGCUCAACGCAUGGAGGGUGCCUUUGUACAAAAGCUCUACGAGGGCAAGCGAGGCGCAUCGAAGGCCAGCAACGACGCGGAAGGAUUUGAGGUGGGAUUGAGGGAGCAGCAGCGAAGCAUUCAGGAAGGCUUCGAGCGCGAUCACGCGCGAAGCAUGAUGAUGUUUGACACCAAGACGCUCGUCAUGGCUCAGAGGGCGAGACGCGCCAAGAAGAGAGUGCACCUGGCUCGCAAGUAUGCUGCGGCAAUGCAAAGAUGGAAGGAUGGAGAUGCUGCGGACGAAGGUCCCUGA